AUGGCGAAACAGAGCAUUUUGACCAUAUUUCUGGUGGUGUUCACAAUUAGGUUACUAAACGCUCUUACAAUUCGCACUUUCUUCCAAGCUGAUGAGUACUGGCAGGCACUAGAACCAGCCCAUUACGCGGUCUUCAACACUGGUUAUCUGACCUGGGAGUGGAAGCAAAAGAUACGAUCUUUUCUACACCCCUUAAUAUUUGCAGUUGCUUAUAAAGUGUGCGAAUUGUUUAAUCUUGAGUAUGCUUGGGUAUUAGCUUUGCCAAAGGUGUUCAGCGCUUUUAUGGUGACUAUUGGUGAAGUGGGCAUAUACACCUGGGUGGAUACAUGGACAGGAAACACGCGACUGGCCCAAUUGACCCUGGCGGCCAGUUUGGUCUCGGCAUUCAAUUGGUUUGCUAUAACCAGAACAUUCUCGAAUACUUUUGAACUGGUGCUAACUGCAUGGGCCUUGAACUUCUGGCCUAUUGGUUCCACGAUAUCGUCUUCUAGUGGACUCAACUUCAAGAGGUUUGCAUUUAGUCUGGGCUUGGCUUGUUUCUCGUGUCUAGUGAGACCUACAAACGGGGUGAUUUGGUUGGUGUUGGGUGGUCGACUUUUCUGGGUGCAAAAAUCGAAAGUUUCGAUACUUUUGUUGGUGACACUGGUCACCACCGCCUGCAUCAUUAUCAAUGCUAGUGUAGACCACUGGUUUUAUGGCGAGUUGGUCUUUCCACUUCUGAAGUUUCUGGAAUUCAAUGUGGUACAAGGUUUGAGUGCGUUUUAUGGGAUUAACUCAUGGAGUUUCUACGUCGUACAAGGAGUGCCUAUUCUGUUGCUCACUUUACUUCCAUUCACUUUCCAUGGAGUCUACAUCUUAUUUGGUGGCCUAAUAACAGACCUGACUCUGAGGAAAAAGACGCACAUUUUGGUGGAAGUUGUAUGUCUGUAUCUACUGGUUUUCUCCCUGAUUCAGCACAAAGAGUUUAGAUUUGUAUAUCCUCUGAAGCCUAUCUUUCUGUUGCUCACUGCCAUCAGCGUGACGAGGCUUUCUAAGACCUGGAAUCCUCAGAUACUCAAAACGGUGACCGUUGCUAUAGUUGGUUUGAACAUCUUUUUGGGUUACUACUUCACCAUUAUCCACGAAAGCGGAGUUAUUGAGGUGAUCAAUGUGCUUAGAACAGCUGUUUUGAACGAGGGUUCGAACUAUGCCGUAAAGCCAUCCAUUGGAUUUCUGACUCCGUGCCAUUCGACUCCAUUUCAAAGUCAUUUUCACCUGGAUCCAGACACUGCUCAUAUAUGGUUCUUGACAUGCGAACCGCCAUUGGUCGAACAACACGAACCAGGAUUUGUGCUUGAGGAGUAUCAAGACGAGAGCGACGAGUUCUAUGCCGAUCCAACCGGAUUCUUAGAUUCCAAUUUUCGAGACAUUAGCACCGGAUUGGCUCCAGAAGGAAAAUACCCACACGAUUGGCCGAAGUAUCUUGUUUUCUUUGAAGCUUUGGAAUCCACUAUGAAUGGGUAUUUGGGAAGUGAGCAUUAUGUUCCGUAUGCUCGUCUGUUCAACAGUCGCUUCCAUUGGGAUGAGCGGAGAGCAGGCGAUGUGAUUGUAUAUAAAAGAGUAUAG